AUGUUCGUCUCGUACUUUUGUUUGACGCUCUCCAAGGAUGCGGCACGUCAGCCCAUCAUCGGGUUCGGGUCGCUGCUCAGCGAGGCGUCGGCUCGCUCCUCCUUCCCUAACCUCCAGAAUUUCAGAUUAGCGCGUCUGCGAGGAUACAAGAGGGUUAUGCGGCAUCCGGCAAGCAUUUUCUUUCAGAGGAACAUUGCACGAAAAGACACACGUGAAUUUGCAAGCCUCUCUGUUGAGCCCUGUCCCGAUGGCAACUUUCUUGUCGCCGCGUUCGACAUCCCGUCAGAGGAGCUGCAAGCAUACCACGAGCGGGAGGAGGAGUUCUUCAUUGCGCUGGCUCCGAUUGAGGAGCUCGACGGGUCGAAGGUGCAGGAAGGGCUUCUGUGCUGCGCAGGAACAGACGAUGAAUACAUUGCUAAGCAUGGGAGGAAGAACUUUGAAGAAAGGUACGGCAGCUACGGACUCUCCACUAUCUGGAACUGGCAGGGUGAGAUCCUGCCUUGUCGGGUAUACUUACGGCACUGCGUGCUCGCCUGCUCUAAGGCCGGGGAGGAGGUGAAAGAGGAUUUCCUGGUGAACACGUUCCUGUGGGACAGGAAGACAACCAUCAAAGAAUAUUUACAAGCCAACCCGAGUAUCAUGGAGGAGGAGCCUCCGGAGUCUCUACGGCACAGGUACAGCGGAUGA